CUCAUUUGGAUCUAUUUUGAAAGUAUGGUCUGUUUGAACAGUGUUUACAAUCCGAAGGAAAUUUGAGAUUUGAAAAUGCUUAGUGCCAAUGGUAGAUUACGACCCGAGAUUUCCAUUGAGAGCGAGAAUGACAGGAGGGUACCCGUCAAUGAUGAGGACGAAUACAUUACACUGGAGCAGGUUAACAGGAAGCUACUGGAGACCCAGCUGUCAGACGAGGAGCGGAUCGUCCUAAACGUGGGAGGAGUGAGACACGAGACCCACAUCAGCACGUUGCGCAACGUGCCAUACACGAGGCUGUGUAACCUGGCCGAGCAACAUGUCGUCUCAUCAGACCCCAAAGACGUUUACUUUUUCGACAGACAUCCGGCAGUUUUCAACUCAAUCAUUGACUUUUACAGGACAGGCGAACUUCAUGUCCCCCUGGAAGUAUGUGGGGCUGUUGUCAAACGGGAACUAGACUACUGGCAAAUAAAUGAAAACAUCAUCAAGUCCUGCUGCUGGCGUUCCUACCGCUCGUACAUCGAGAACAAGCGUAUCCUCGACUCCUUCAACCGGAGUAUCAGUCGCGAACAUGUGAAAAUUGACACCAAGAAUCUCAAAGGGUGGAAGAGAAUUCAGACCAAGGGCUGGUUGAUACUGGAACACCCUCGCACUUCAAAGUUAGCUAUGGUGUAUGGAGUGAUAUCAUUGCUAUUUGUGGUUGUGUCCAUAUCCGGCUUCUGUCUGGAGACCCUACCUGAGCUCCGACCGGACAUAGUCAACAACACCAUGAUAGGAAACACUAGCCCUUCGGGCUGUGAGAUGGACCCCACCGUCAAAUUCUACAUGACCCCUAACAGGGGGCUACAAAUCGUGGACACUAUAUGUACCGUCUACUUUACUAUUGAGCUCAUUGUUCGUUUUAUUUUUGCACCAGAAAAGUUGAAGUUUGUUCGCGCCGCGAUGAACAUCAUAGAUUUAUUAGCUCUGGUACCAUUGUAUAUGCAGCUUAUAGUUAGCAUAGACAGCUUUAAGUUUUGUCUUGUUAAUGAAAACAUGGUGAUUGAGAUUAUGUUCAUACUGCGAAUUAUUAGAAUGUUUCGAAUAUUUCACCUUGUCAAACAUUAUCAAGCUUUGCAAAUAUUAGUUUAUGCCCUUAAGGCCAGUGUCCAAGAACUGCUCAUGCUAGGAAUAUUUCUGUUAAUCGGAAUGCUGGUAUUUGCCACAAUGAUAUACUAUGCAGAGCGUGAAAGUGCCACCAAGCCAGGGGACCAGUUUCAGACGAUUCCCAUUGGUUUCUGGUGGGCAAUUAUAACCAUGACAACGCUAGGAUAUGGCGAUAUUUAUCCGACCACGCCAAUUGGCUACGUGGUUGGCACUGCGUGCGCUGUAAGCGGCGUCCUCCUCGUUGCUUUGACAUUUCCUGUUAUUUCCAACAAUUUCACGUUAUUCUACACCCAUGUUCGGUCACGGCGGAGUCGAUGUGACCCAAACAGACCGGAUCACAAUGACAGUGAUAAUGACAUUUAUGAAUCUGAUAAUGAGACAGAGACAAAAAUCCUGUACCAGAAUGCCCGUCGUACGUCAAAUGGCUCCAUCAUACUCCCCAACAAUCGCAGUUUCGUCAUGUCACGGAAUAUGUCGUGCGUGACAGAGAUGUGUGCAGACACCAACGUCAACGGGAAUCUGAAGUUUGACGUGUCCUGCAAAGACGCCAAGUCAAUGGUUGACGUGAUAGUUAAACGGGACGAGUCCGCUAUGUUUCUACGUGCGGACUCUACGAAGGCUCACUCAGACGACGGCGUCACGUACAGGGGAGGACCCAUGGUGUGAUUACUGACUGUUGUCUGCGUUCAUCAAUAUAGAAUACAUAUUUUACUAGUUUGUAUAUACAAAUGCGUCUCUUGGAGACACUAUUUUC